UUUUCAGUUUUUCGCAAAGAAAGGGGAAAAAAUAGCUUGGCCUCUUUACUUGCUUGAUGAGAGGGAGAAGAAAUUGCCUGGACUAUUACAGGGCAUUUUCAAUCUUUUCUAUUGUUCCUUAUUGUCCAAUUUUCCUCCUCCUGCUCUCUUUGACCCGCAGCUAAGAAAAGCAAACAAUGUCUAUCAGCGAGCGCUUCGACUGCCAUUACUGCAAAGACUCCCUGCUGGGGAAGAAGUACAUAAUGAAAGAGGACACACAGUACUGCACUAAGUGCUAUGAGAACCUGUUCGCUAACUGCUGUGAGGGCUGCUCUUCAUCAAUUGGCUGUAACUGUAAGGACCUGUCCUAUAAGGAUCGCCACUGGCAUGAGCAGUGCUUCAAGUGUGCAAAGUGCAGCCGCUCUCUGGUGGAAAAGGCCUUUGCUGCCAAGGAUGACUUGUUGCUCUGCACUGAGUGCUACGCCCAUGAUUACUCCUCCAAGUGCAGCACCUGCAAGAAAACCAUCAUGCCAGGUUCCCGCAAAAUGGAAUACAAGGGGAACAGCUGGCAUGAGACCUGCUUCCUGUGCCACCGCUGCCAGCAGCCAAUAGGAACCAAGUCGUUCAUCCCCAAAGACACCGGCUACUUCUGUGUUCCCUGCUUCGAGAAGCAGUUUGCUUACCAGUGCUGCGCUUGUAAGAAGGCCAUCACAACAGGUGGAGUGACCUACCAAGACAAGCCCUGGCACCGCGAGUGUUUCCUAUGCAUUGGCUGCAGAAAGCAGCUGUCAGGCCAGCGCUUCACCUCCAGGGAAAAUUACCCCUACUGCCUCGAAUGUUUCAGCAACCUGUAUGCAAAGAAGUGUGUGGGCUGCACCAAAGCCAUCACCAGUCUGGCUGGGGCCAAGUACAUCUCCUUCGAGGAACGCCAGUGGCACAGUGAGUGUUUCACCUGCAUGCAGUGCUCCGUGUCACUGGUGGGACGUGGAUUUCUCACCCAGCGCGACAACAUUUUGUGCACUGACUGCGGGAGGGAGAAAUAACCUUUUCAUGGAGGGAUCACAGCUUCACCCGAAUGACAACAACAGCUCAUAUUCUGAUAAAAAUACUGUGGCUCCAUGAAUAUUUCCUGUUCGCAUGCCUGGCACAAAAUUAAACUCUGAAUGUCAAAUGCUUAUCUUUGCGUUAUAAAUGACUGUGGUAUUUCCAUAAAGACAAACAUCUAUCUUUUUUUUUAAUAAGUUAGGCUGCUGAAUGUGCUAUUGUUGAUGAAUGUUUUUCUUGUGUCUUGAAAUGAAAAAUCUUUUUGUUUUUUUUUCUCCUCAUUCAUUUUUAACAAAGAUAUUUAUUAAUAAUAUUAGUCAAUUCGAAUUUUUUUCUUUUUGAUCAGCAAAAACUUACCUGCAACAACAGACUAAAUAUAUCUGGGUUUUGAACUGAUGAUUGAGAAAUUUGUGGAUGUCACUUUGGAAAAAUAGCCUGCAUUUUUCAUUAGUUUUAUAUGUUAUAUGGUCAAAAUGAUUAGCUGAGAAAAUAACCAGUAGUUAAAUGCUGAAAAGAAUUGUUAGGUGGAGCCCUAAAAAGCAUAUUUUCCACUUGAAUGCAGGUCUGACUUUCAUUAUACAUAUACACUAAUCAGCCACAACAUUAAAGCCACCUGGCUAAUAUUGUGUUGGUCCUUGUGCCACCACAACAGCUCUGAUCCAUCAGAGGAUGGGCAUAAAACCUCUGUUGGUGUCCUGUGGUGUCCAGUUCUGGGACAUUGGCAGCAGAUCCCUUGCUUCCUGAGGGCUCAGGGGGUGGAUAACGCUUGUUCCAGUUCAUCCAGCAGAUGCUAAAUGGAUUGUGCUCUCAGGAACUUGGAGGCUGAACGCCGUGGGCUCUUUGUCGUGUUCCUUGAGUCAUUAUGAGCAGUUUCUGCGGUGUGAUAGGGUGCACCGUCCUGUUCUGAGAGUGAAACAAUGUCUAGGUAGGUUAUAAGUGUCAAAGUAACAUCCAUAUGAACACCAAGACCCAAAGUUUGCCAGCAAAAACAUGCAUCGCAACAGUAUUUGUCAUCUCACCUGUCAGUGGUUUUAAUGUUGUGGCAUGCUACUGUAUGCUUAUUGUACAUUGGUGAUGCCUACAUAAAAAUGUACUUACACUAUGUAAACAGAGAAUAAUACAUGGAUUUUUGGUUCCCUCGGUGCUUUGCACACUGAAGCUUGUUUGAAUAAAUAUUUUUAUAGUCCUG